AAAGUCAAAAUUGAGUUUUGAAAAGAUAAAACAAAACCUAUUGCAGUCAACGUGUGUGUUGAAUUGUUAAAAGCAAAUAUUGGUCUUUGCUGAAUUGUGAUUCCUUCUAUCAUGUUUGGAUCGAUGGAAAGGGACGACGAAGAAAGGGUCUAUGCUGAGUAUCGGGAGCGAUCUCGUAACCUAAGUCGAUUCGAUGCUAUCGAACCUCCACAAUUUGCAGGCCUAACCGGCUGUAUCUACCCCCUUCACAUAACUGAUGAAGUUCGCAGUUAUCUCAUUCCCCUCUGCAACCUUGCGUUAGACAAGUACAACACCGAGGAGGGUACCAAUUUUUUGUUUGUUGACAUUCUCAAGUCAACCCAUCAAGGUGUUGCUGGUACUAAUUAUUUCAUCACCUUUCAAGCAAAAUAUCCAUACGGCCCUCUUGUAACUUUCCAGGCCUAUGUUUUUGUCAAGUUGCCCUGUUAUGGUGGACAGCCUGUUGUCCAGUCAUGUGCUAUCAAGCCUACCUAAGCAACACAUAAGCCUACCUUGGGAAUCAAUAAUCACAUGUUGCAACAGUGCUAUGUAUGCUUACAUAUUUAACUUUGGUUAUACUUUUUUUUAUAUUCUACUUGACUAUGGUAUUUGGAAUGUGCUUCAAAAAUUUACCCCACUAAUUAUUCAUCAGUUUUAAUUUUUACACCCUAUUUUUUAUUAAUUUUGCCCAUAUUUUGUCUAAAAAUUGACUAUUAAGUCAGAGGAGUAUAAAGAAAAUAGGGAUUGAGUCCGGGAUUGAGCCCGGGCGUGUGCCCGGGCUAGCUGGGCUCUAGAACCGCCCCUGGCUUCAGCCUUUUUUUUCAUUCUUGGCAAAUAUUAGAAACCAGCAUUGGGCCUGGCAAUGGCAAUACUAAGUUUCAAAAUAGAUUGGAAUUUGUUGUUAAAUAAUCAUCUAUCUCAUUACUGUUGUUUGUAAUGACACUGUUAUUUGACACUAUACCUACUCUCAUAUGUCGACAGAGAUAAUAAUUUAAAGGAAAAAAAAAAAAAAAAACUGAAUGUUCAUCGAUGUCAUGCCGACGCUGUCGGACACCGGACACGCUUUUGUUGAGAGGUGUCGGUGUUCCUGAGUAAUACAAUAGUAGUUCCUUUUUACUUGAACCAGAAAGUGCCAUAGGUGUGUGCAAAAUGAAGGCACCUACCUCACUACGAGCCAAUGAAUGCUGACUGUUUACUUUAGAAUCGACUAAAUUGAAAGAAGAUAUUUAAUAUUAUUGUGUAGUAUCUAUAAGUUAGAGAUAAGCUUCACCACAAAUUAACCAAGCAUGGCCUGCAAAUCACACCCUCAAACAAAAGAAAACCAUGUUGUUCUGUACUUCUUUGGCACCAAAUUCCCAUAACUUAUUAACCUCUCCUCCUAAUUAAGGUUCAGUUGGCUAAACCUAUAAUACUUCAGCAUCCAGUCAAUCACAAUUACCAGUGUAGCAACCUCAGGGCUCUAGGCCACAGCUUGAGUUGAGUUACUAGCAUAGCCAACUACCUGCACCUCCAACACAAUGGCCCAGUUUGCCUUCACAGCCUCAUCAUCUUGCACCCAUGGCUGUGUUGGCCGCAUUCAAAGCUAUAAUUAUAAAGUAGAAUAAUGAGAAAAAAUGAAAUACCACUUAUAUGAUAUGUGUGUACCACUGUACCUCUGUACUUCAUAAUUUUAGAAGUGGUUCAACCAACUAGGUUAUAUCCAAGACUUGAUUUCCCUAUUAUGAUUUGAUUUUAAAAAAUCAAUAUUAAAUUUAUAAGAGAUACUUUAAAAUUAAAUAAUAAUAACUUAAUUUUUUUUAAGUUAUAAAUUACAAUUACUAAUAGAUACUUCGAAGUUCGAACAUUUAGGAAUUCCAACACUUCUCCUUGUUUUUUUAUCUCUUUAGGGGUAUGUUUAAUUCGAGGUAGAGCGAGGGGAGGAAAUAUUUAUAAUGAAAUGUGUUUGGUUUAAUUUUUAGGAGGGGAGCAAAAUCCCUCCAAAUGACAAUUUUUGCGUCUCCGAAUCGGGGAGAUUCGGAAGGGAUGGGAGGAAAAGUGAGUGCUUUUCUUUUUUUGUGAUUUUUUUU